CGCGCCGGCGGGACGUGUCGGACGCGCGCCCGGCGGAGGGCGGGGCGUGGCCACUGUGCGCGGUGCGUUCCCGAUCCCCGCUGCCUCGCCUCAGCUCCCAGAGCGCCUCUGCUCCGGCUCGAGCUAAUCUGCCGGCGCCUGUGACCCGCACCCAGCGCGACCGGGAGGCGACGCGGACGAGCUAUGAGUGGCCAUCCGGGGAGGGCGGCGGCGCUGCUGCUCGGGCUGCUCCUGGAGUGCACAGAAGCCAAAAAGCAUUGCUGGUAUUUUGAAGGACUUUAUCCAACAUAUUACAUAUGCCGCUCCUAUGAAGACUGCUGUGGUUCCCGCUGCUGUGUGCGGGCUCUGUCCAUACAGAGGCUAUGGUACUUCUGGUUCCUCCUGAUGAUGGGCGUGCUCUUCUGCUGCGGAGCGGGCUUCUUCAUCCGGAGGCGCAUGCAUCCCCCGCCAUUGAUCGAGGAGCCCACCUUCAACGUGUCCUACACCCGGCAGCCCCCCACACCUGCUCCAGGAUCCCAGCAGCCGGGGCCACCAUUUUACACUGACCCAGGAGGACUGGGGCUGAAUCCUGUCGGGAGCACCAUGGCAAUGGCUUUCCAGGUCCAGCCCAGCCCAGCCCCAGGGAGCUCAGCCUACCCACCCCCGCCUUCCUACUGCAGCACACCUCCACCCCCCUAUGAGCAAGUGGUGAAGGCCAAGUAGGGGGCGCUGGUGCGCCGGGAAUUGGGGAGGCUGCUACCCACUUCUCUGGUCCAUCACUGCAUCCCAAGGUGGCUGAUGGCUACUGAGACAUACUCUUCUUCACUGUCUUCGGAGCAAACACAGCCUCUUUCAAGUUUUCUGUGGAAAACAAUCUAUGAAGCCACACUGUCUCCUGUUCCUUCUGCUUCUGAUGAAUCUGUGCUCUCUGGUGGAGUGUGGUGACAGUCCCCAAGGGCUGAUGUUCUUAGGGUGGUAUGACCAGACCCUCAGGAGAGAGACUGUCAGAGGAGGAGCCCAGAACUGGAAGGUGCAGGAGACACGGGGAGGAGCUGGGUCUGGUCAGUCUGGACAGGCAGAUCACCCACUGUUCCAGGUCCCAUGGUCCUCACAUCUGUUCUUCUGUCCAGGAGCGGUCAGACAUUGAGUUGAGAGCCAGCCUGCUGUUGUGUGUCCACAUCCUGGAGAUGGGUUUCCCUCUCACUGCCAGGGAAGAGGGUGCCAGUCUAUAGUCAGGCCUAAGCUGGGCAUCUGCAGUUAUCACUAAGGCAAGACAUUUAGAUACGGGAAAUCGCUUCUUGCUCCAAACUAGGACAUUGUAUUUUAUGAGAGAUUUUGGUCUGACUUGGGAAAAAAUGCUGCCUCCUUUUGUGGUGUGUUUGUGGACAUGUGUGGUGUUCUGUGCUUUGAGACCAGUCUAGACAUGUGUUUUCUUGGUGUGUUCUCAGGCCCAUAACGCAUCUAUACCCUUCCCAAGGCAGUUUCAUGGCAGAGGGCCACAUCUGGCUGUGAAGUCAUAGCAACUCUCAGAGGGAGACACUAUACCACAGUGUGCUAGCAUUGCGUGACCAGCCAUCCUGGGCCUGGCAUGGCAUGUUUCCCAAAGGUGGGUGUGCAUUAGGCUCUGAUGAGGAGGAGCUUGUUAAGGAAAAGUCAGAAAAAGCACUGACCAUGUCAUCAAAAUUAGAA